GUACGCAGUACAUAUUGAAAAGCGUUUUCGAAUUCCUGCGGCACAUUCCAAUAGAUCACUCCUUCACCUGAAGCCGAUAGUUCGGCACCUCAGCUCAGCCAUUUCUUGUGGAUAGAGCUAUUUUUCCGACGCUUUCAUUUGGGUUUUCUACCAUUUGCUUCCUUGGUGAUCAGAAGCAGAGAUAUUAGAUUGCAGUCGUAGUUGAUCAGUUUGAUCUAAAUGGCUGAGGUUUUAGGCAAGACCAGUUUGAUUUCAUCUUGGAAUAGUCAGAGGCACCAUUGUCGCAGAAUCUCUGUAGCUCCGAAGAACUUAAACUGCAAAUCUGGUGUUUCUUGUUCUUUGAGGAGGUCCCCUUCUCUGCAACUUAAAUCUCAAGUUCUCAGGUCCUCAUCUUCCUCGAUGCAGAGUGAAUUUUAUGGCAGAAAGAUCGUCUUUGAGGUCAUGAAAAGCACACCCUACAAAGGGAUUUCCCUAUACCGAGCUUCAACCGCAGCUCAGAUGGGCCGCGUAUUCGGGAACGCUCAAAAAUGGUGGGAGAAAGGACUUCAACCCAACAUGAAAGAGGUAACUUCGGCACAAGACCUUGUGGACUCCCUGCUAAACGCAGGGGACAAGUUGGUCAUUGUUGAUUUCUUCUCUCCUGGUUGUGGCGGUUGCAAAGCCCUCCAUCCAAAGAUAUGCCAGUUUGCAGAGAUGUACCCGAAUGUGCUAUUCCUUCAGGUGAACAAUGAGGAGCAUAGGGCUAUGAGUUAUAGCCUUGGCGUCCACGUUCUUCCCUUCUUUCGCUUCUACAGAGGCUCACAAGGUCGUUUAUGCAGCUUUAGCUGUACCAAUGCGACGAUCAAAAAGUUUAAGGAUGCAUUAGCCAAACACAUCCCGGAUAGAUGCAGCUUAGGCCCAGCCAAAGGGUUGGAGGAGAAGGAACUCUUAGCUUUGGCUGCCAACAAGGAUCUUAACUUCACUUACAAACCCAAACCAAUUCAACCCGUCCAUGAACCUGCCGGUCAAGAGUUCCCAAUGGAGCCAUCAAAACUUAUGCAUGUCCCUACACUGGAGGAGGUGGUAGGUGAUGAUGCACAACCUCUGCAUGCCGAAGAGUUGGCAGCUGAGGCCAAGGCCGAUCGGUGAAGCUCUCCGAGAAGA